AUGCCCAGAGGUGUGAAUGGCAAUACCAAAGUUGGUGGGGAGAGAUGCAGAUGCAGAGUGAUGAAUUGGAGCACCUUGGUCUUUCUACGUGGGGUGGCAAAGGACAAGACUUAUGGUCAAUCUAGCAUUUACUUAAAAAGUCCCUUGUUUUUCUCUUGCUGUCUUUUUGAUGUAAAUGCCACAGGAGCAUUUUUGCCCUUUGGUUUUCCUUGUGCUGCAGUGAUGCUUAUUCUUGCAAGCUCACCAGACAGGAUUCGCCAUGCCAUAACAUGCAUAGCAGAAGAGCUUGAAGUGGAGAAGAAGCUUAGGCGACAAACAGAGAGAUUAAACAAGAAGCUUGGAAAAGAAUUGGCGGAGACGAAAUCAUCAUUGUCAACAACAACAAAAGAACUGGAGAUUGAGAAGAGGGCGAAAGAAAUAUUGGAGCAGGUAAGAUUAAAGGUGAUUGAGUUGCUUAGGAAAAUGGGUUCUUUUGUUGUACGCCUAACUAUCAUUGAUGGUCUUUGCAAAUAUGGGUUAAUAGACAAGGCAAAAGAACUGUUUUCAGAAAUGAAGACUAGGGCAUUAAUCCAAAAGUUGUUCUUACAGAAUGGAAAGAUGGAUGAAGCCAAUGGAUUGCUCCAACUGAUGAUUAAUAGAGGUGUUCAUCCCAACAAUAACUUGAACCAAUUUGAAUGGUUAUUGCUUGGAAGUUGUCUCAUUGAUGGGUUGUGUAAAACAGGGAGACUCAAAAUUGCUUGGGAACUGUUUCACAGAUUGCGAAAUAAGGCUUUGUUCCAGAUGUUGUGCAAUAACAUUCUGAUGAUGGACUUUGUAAAGAGGGAAAUAGAAAUGAAUAAUGAGACUUCAAAAGUGGUUGAACUUCUUCACAAAAUGAAUGAGAGAAAUCUGAAGCUAGAUGCAUCCAUAGCUUCAAUAAUUGUAGAUUUACUGGGAAGGAUGAAAAUUAUCUCAAAUUCUUAA